AAUUACAUUUGAAAGAUCUAUAAGGACCAAAAACGAAUUUUAAUAAAAAAUGUUAUAAAGAGCGUAUCUCUCCUCUCCGUCAGUCUCUCUAGGGUUUAACUUGAUCUUUUUCCCCCGAAGCGUCGAGAGAGAGAAAUCAAACGUCGGCAGGCAGCGAUGGCGAGCACCAAAGUUCAGAGGAUUAUGACCCAACCUAUCAACUUGAUUUUUAGGUUUCUUCAAAGUAAAGCUAGGAUCCAGAUUUGGCUAUUUGAGCAGAAAGAUCUGAGGAUUGAAGGAAGGAUUACUGGUUUUGACGAGUACAUGAACCUAGUGUUGGAUGAAGCUGAAGAAGUGAGCAUCAAGAAGAACACCAGGAAACCACUUGGAAGGAUUCUACUCAAAGGAGACAACAUAACUCUGAUGAUGAACACGGGAAAGUAAUGUCUGUUCUCAACAAACUAUCUCGAGGAUUAGUGGAUCGGUUUUUACUAUCUCCAAAUCUUUUGCUAAAUAUAUGUUGAGUUAAGUUCUUCUUCAGUUAACUGAUAAUGCCUUCUUCUCUUCAUGAUCGUGUAAUAUUGCAAUGUAGUGACAAGUUUGAAAAAUUAUGGAACUUGGUUGAAUCUUAUGGACGUAAUAUUGUCAUAGGUUUUCAAAAAAAAACUGGAGUUUUUAUAUUA